AUGAGUCUCACGUAUGGCCUGGGAGGCAUUGGUGGCGCCCUUACCGUGGUGGGAGCUUACAUGCUCUUUACCGGUUCAGGCGAGGCUUUCAAUGUCGGCGAGUUCCUCGAGUCCAUCUCUCCUUACGCAUGGGCGGAUAUGGGUAUUGGUCUAUGCAUCGGUCUCUCCGUUGUAGGCGCGGCAUGGGGUAUCUUCAUCACGGGCUCUUCCAUUCUCGGCGCAGGCGUCAAGGCGCCGCGCGUGCGAACCAAGAAUCUGAUUUCCAUCAUCUUCUGCGAGGUUGUCGCCAUCUACGGCGUCAUCAUGGCUAUCGUUUUCUCUGCUCAGCUUGAGGCGACCGAUAUCAAGGGUCUACACGACGCCAACAGCUAUUACACUGGAUACGCCCUCUUCUGGUCUGGUAUCACCGUCGGAAUGUGCAACCUGAUUUGCGGUGUCGCUGUCGGCAUUAACGGCAGUGGAGCUGCGCUGGCCGAUGCCGCUGACCCCACGCUCUUUGUCAAGAUUCUUGUCGUUGAGAUUUUCAGCUCUGUCCUUGGCCUUUUCGGUCUCAUUGUCGGUCUCCUGGUGGCUGGCAAGACAAAUGGCUUCAAGACGGAGUAG